ACCUACACCAUUGCUGCAAACGAUCUCACCUAUGAAAGUAGGUCAGGUUGAGCUUCAAGCUGGAGGAGUUGAACUCCCGAUCAAAUUGGCGUGGAUAAAUCCGGUUUUGUGACAUACAACCAACGCGGUCGACGACGUUGCGGCGUGCAGGUGGGAGCAUUUCAAACAUGGCGCCACACCGCGCUCACCGCAUCCGUCCCCUUCUCCCCUCCCCCUUCCCCCUUUUCCACCUGUCCAAGGUGCGCUGGGGAACGCAUUCCGUGGCACUUGUUGUUGUGAAAUAAACAAAUGAAUGUUUUAGGGCGUUGAGCUUCACCUGCACAGGUGUCAGGGGGUUUGACGAGCUCAUGAGAUUCAGCAGCUCGGAUUAAGAUGGAUCCAAACCCUGUACCCCAGCCAGAGUCACCUGAACCUGGAGCAACAGUUCCAACUGCUAAUGCUAAGCAAACUUCCUCAUCAGACGCUAAGCCUGGUGGUUGGGUAAAAUUUGAAGAUGAAUCUGGUUCGAGCAAAGCAGAGGGAGCAGUCGUCGCUGGGGAGGCAGUUGAUUCAACCCCUAAAAGAGUAGUCCGUCCUCGACCUGAAGACUUCAGUCCUGUGCCUGAACAGGAACAUGUCGACAGAACGAACUUGCCAGUGGCAGCAGUGAUAAGUGCAGAAACCACUCAUGUCAAUGUAAGCCGCAGCAGUGUCAGUCGCUCUCCUUCCAAACCUGUUGACACAAAAAUUGAUCUGCACACUGUCAACUUGCGUGAGACAAAUGGCACAACUUCCACCAAUACCAGUGCAGGGAUUAUACGCCAGGGCUUUGCUAAUGGUGAUAUAAUAGUUACACUGCUACCUGUGAAUACUCGUUUUCCAUGGAUUACUCCUGCUCAAUUCCGUCCUGAAUUAGUUCCUGAGGAGCUUAUGGCACAAGGCCUUACGUUGACUGUUGAAGACUACGUUCAUAUCAUGGAACUUUUGACAAAUGAUGUCCGAUUCCAUGCUUAUAAUAUUUGCUAUAAGCGAAUCCUAGUAGUUUGGAUACUGACAGCAUUUAUAGUCUUGCUGUCACUCCUUUUUUCUGGUGUUACUGGCCUCACACUAUUCGGCCUAGGAGUCAUGUGGCUUGUCUUAAAUGCUGCAGCAAUUUUUCUCUGUAUGUGGGUAAAAAUCAAGCUGAACUACAAUUUGGAACGUUGCAUGGCAGCUGUUAACAAACAUCUUCUUCGGCACAAAAUAAUUUUGGGUUUGGAUGAUAGAGGAAAGUUGUCUUGCCACAAAGUGAAUCUUUGCUUCAUUUAUUUUGACACAACAGAUUGUAUUAAAAAACUGCAGGAAGUAAUCGAAAGAGAAGAACGUGAAGGACGUCCCGUUAACCGUGAAGAAACAACAGAGGAACGAAGGCAAAGGUUGCAGUUCCAACAACGUAUGGACAUUGAAGACAAUGAUAUAAUAAUCCAAGGAAGCCAGACCACCAGAGUUUCUCGAAAACAGGAACGUGCGGAGUUGUUGCUGCUACGCUACUCGUCCCGCUGGGUGAAGCAGCUGGUGCGGCGCCGAUUGGACCUGGCUGUGGAUGUGUCGGAGAGAACUGGCGCCACAUUCCCCCCUCCUCCGCCGCGCCACUGUGCAACAUCGCGGUGCCCCUGCCAGUUCAUAGAGGAACACCUCAAGUAUAAACCUAGAGAGGCCUGUAGUAUCUGCGCUGUCAUGGGAGAGCCCAACUACGUAAUUUACUGAGCUGUCCAUCAUCAGAAACAGCUUAUAGCUACAGGAUUCUUCGACAGAACCCGAGCAGUCUUCUUCUAAGAAAUGUCCGUCCUCCAGCUCUCGGGUGAAUUUGUUAUAAAGUCCUCUAUUCUUUUAACUUUGUUAUUAUUUAUAAUUUUAAGAAGAAUUUUUUAAUCUUGUUUCUUGUACAGACAUUUUACAGUUACUUGGGUGUUGUGUUGUAUUUGUUGGUACAUACCUAGUGGACCUUUAUGUAUACAAAAACUUAGUUGUGCGAUUUCAUUUUGUCGAUGUUUUUAAAUUUCCAUGAACUUUCUUGGUCUGUACAAAGAUAGCAUAAAUGUUAUGUUUGUAUUUGAUAA